CAUGAUGCAGUGCUGCUGCUGCUAGAGGGGACUGGAGGAAGGACUGGAGCCGGCCGGGCGGCAGAGCCCCCACUCAGCUCUCCACCCGCCGAGGCUGCGCUAUCUGGAGUAGGUGCACCUCCAUAUGAGAGAUCUGACGGAGCCCGCAGCAAUGUGCACGCAGACAGCGCUGCUUCCCGCACACAUCCAUGGAACAAAAGGUGACCUGGAGGAUGACAAGCGCUCAGUCAUGGUGGAUGCAGCCACUGGGAGCCUGCUCUGAAGGAGAAGAACCCAUACUGUAGCUCAGGGUGAAGGAGGAGCAGAGGACAAGCAUCUCAUGUCUGUCUAAUGAGAACUACCUACCGCUGGCAGGAAGGGGACAAGCAGAUCUGCAGACUUCAUUCCUCUGCUGACCUCUAGUUUGCACUGCAAGCCAGUGUCAGGCAUCUCCCUGCACAUUACACUGUACCUGCUGCAGCCUGGCCACAGCCUCCUCACCUGCAGAAGACAUGGCCAGCCAGCAGGACUCCGGCUUCUUUGAAAUCAGCAUCAAAAAUUUGCUGAAAUCCUGGAGCAAUCCUUCCCCAGUCGGUAACGGAUAUAUCAAGCCACAAGUACAGCCAGUAUCCAGCGCACAGAGAGACAAGGGACUACCGACCAUGUUGCCCAUCAACAUUGACCCAGAGAGUAAACCUGGGGAAUAUAUUCUCAAGAGCUUAUUCGCAAAUUUUACUACACAAGCAGAACGCAAGAUUCGUAUCAUAAUGGCGGAACCCUUGGAAAAAUCAUUAACAAAAUCACUGCAAAGAGGGGAGGACCCCCAGUUUGAUCAAGUAAUAAGCUCAAUGAGCUCUUUGUCAGACUAUUGCUUGCCUUCCAUAUUACGCACAUUGUUCGACUGGUAUAAACGUCAGAAUGGAUUUGAAGAUGAGUCGCAUGAGUACAGGCCAAGAACAAACACAAAAUCUAAAGGCGAUGAACAACAAAAAGAUUAUUUGAUGGAAAGGAGGGAUCUGGCGAUUGAUUUUAUUUUUUCAUUAGUUCUUAUAGAAGUUUUAAAACAGAUUCCACUACAUCCAGUAAUAGACAGUUUGGUUCAUGAUGUAAUAACCUUGGCUUUCAAGCACUUUAAAUACAAAGAAGGGUAUCUGGGUCCAAACACUGGUAAUAUGCAUAUAGUGGCUGAUCUGUACGCUGAAGUAAUAGGUGUAUUAGCACAGUCAAAGUUUCCUUCCGUGAAGAAGAAAUUUAUGGCCGAAUUGAAAGAGCUAAGGCACAAAGAGCAGAGCCCAUAUAUCGUUCAGAGCGUCAUCAGUCUUAUAAUGGGAAUGAAAUUCUUCCGCAUUAAGAUGUAUCCCGUGGAAGACUUUGAAGCCUCCCUACAGUUCAUGCAGGAAUGUGCGCAUUAUUUCCUAGAAGUAAAAGACAAGGAUAUAAAGCAUGCUCUGGCCGGCCUGUUUGUGGAAAUCCUCGUACCUGUUGCUGCUGCUGUAAACAAUGAAGUAAAUGUUCCUUGUCUUAGAAACUUUGUGGAGAGUCUUUAUGACACAACUCUGGAGCUGUCUUCUAGGAAGAAACACUCACUGGCGUUGUACCCUUUGGUGACAUGUCUUCUUUGUGUCAGUCAGAAACAAUUCUUUCUAAACCGAUGGCAGAUUUUCCUCAGCAACUGUCUGUCUAACCUUAAGAAUAAAGAUCCCAAAAUGGCCCGAGUAGCACUGGAGUCCUUGUAUAGACUACUAUGGGUAUAUAUGAUUCGAUUAAAAUGUGAAAGCAACACAGCAACUCAUAGCCGCCUUACAACCAUCAUUGGGACACUAUUCCCUAAGGGUUCCCGGGGGGUGGUACCUCGCGACAUGCCCCUCAAUAUAUUUGUCAAAAUCAUCCAGUUCAUUGCACAGCAACGUCUGGACUUCGCAAUGAAAGAGAUCAUCUUUGACUUUUUAUGUGUUGGAAAAGCGGCAAAAGCCUUUAGCCUCAACCCAGAGAGAAUGAAUAUAGGCUUAAGAGCCUUCCUGGUGAUUGCGGACAGCUUGCAGCAGAAGGACGGAGAGCCCCCCAUGCCUGUAACUGGAGCCAUUCACCCGUCUGGUAACACCCUGCGUGUGAAGAAAACCUACCUUAGUAAAACCCUCACAGAAGAGGAGGCUAAAAUGAUAGGCAUGUCUCUGUAUUACGCUCAAGUACGGAAAGCCGUAGACAACAUCUUACGGCACCUUGACAAAGAAGUGGGGCGGUGCAUGAUGAUGACCAAUGUACAGAUGCUGAACAAGGAACCUGAAGACAUGAUCACUGGAGAGCGGAAGCCAAAGAUUGACCUCUUCAGAACGUGCGUCGCAGCUAUUCCUCGCCUGCUUCCGGAUGGGAUGUCAAAGCUGGAGUUAAUUGACUUACUCUCAAGACUGUCUAUCCACAUGGAUGAUGAACUACGGCACAUUGCACAGAACUCUCUCCAAGGACUGCUUGUUGACUUUGUGGAUUGGAGGGAAGAUGUAUUAUUUGGUUUUAUUAAUUUUCUUUUGCGGGAAGUAAAUGAUACGCACCAGACGCUGCUUGACACGUCACUGAAGUUGCUGCUGCAGUUGCUCACCCAGUGGAAGCUUGUAAUACAGACACCUGGGAAAUCACAUGAGCAGGCGAAAAUCAGAACAUCGGAGCUAAUCCCCAAUGGCUCCAGCCACAGGAUCCAGUCUGAGCGGGGUCCCUAUGCCAAUGUGCUGCACGCUGUGGAAGGAUUUGCACUCUUGUUACUGUGUAGUUUCCAGCUGGCGACUCGUAAAGUAGCCGUCUUAAUUCUGAAAGAAGUCCGAGCAUUAUUCAUUGCACUGGGACAAGCAGAGGAAGAUGACAAGCCUAUGAUUGAUGUUCUGGAUCAGCUAAGUCCUUCAAUACUUGAAAGCUUUCUCCAUGUUGCAAUGUCUGACUCUGCUGCCCUGCCAUUUACUCACAACGUAGACCUGCAGUGGUUGGUUGAGUGGAAUGCUGUCCUGGUCAAUAGCCAUUACGAUGUAAAAAGUCCUUCUCACGUCUGGAUAUUUGCACAGUCAGUCAAGGACCCGUGGGUUCUUUGUCUCUUCACGUUUCUUAGACAGGAGAACCUACCAAAACAUUGUCCUACAGCCCUCAGCUACUCUUGGCCAUACGCUUUUACCAGGCUGCAGCUUCUCAUGCCAUUAGUGGACCCUAAUAGUCCUAUUAAUGCAAAGAAAACGAGUACAGCCGGCAGCGGGGACAACUAUGUUACGCUGUGGAGGAACUAUCUUAUUCUCUGCUUUGGAGUGGCAAGACCCAGUAUUAUGAGCCCUGGUCACUUACGAGCAUCAACUCCAGAGAUCAUGGCAACCACUCCCGAUGGCUCCAUCAGCUAUGAUAACAAGGUAAUAGGAACCCCUUCAGUUGGUGUUCUGCUGAAGCAGCUGGUUCCUCUGAUGAGGCUGGAGACUAUAGAAAUCACAGAAUCUCUGGUGCUGGGCUUUGGUAGAACCAAUGCUUUGGUGUUCAGGGAAUUAGUGGAAGAACUUCAUCCACUAAUGAAAGAAGCUUUGGAACGAAGACCAGAGAACAAGAAGCGUAGGGAGCGCAGAGACCUACUGAGGUUGCAGCUGUUGCGGAUAUUUGAGUUACUGGCAGAUGCCGGCGUUAUAAGUGACAACACAAACGGCGCCUUAGAGCGAGACACCUUGGCUCUUGGGGCUCUGUUUUUGGAGUAUGUGGACCUCACACGGAUGCUUCUUGAGGCUGAAAAUGACAAGGAAGUUGAAAUUCUCAAAGACAUCAGAGCGCAUUUCAGUGCCAUGAUUGCCAAUCUGAUCCAGUGUGUGCCAGUUCACCACCGGAGGUUCCUGUUCCCACAGCAGAGUUUGCGGCACCAUCUCUUCAUCUUGUUCAGCCAGUGGGCUGGGCCCUUCAGCAUAAUGUUCACCCCCUUGGACCGCUACAGUGAUCGGAACCAUCAGAUCACAAGAUAUCAGUACAGCGCGUUAAAGGCCAUGUCUGCUGUCCUUUGCUGUGGACCUGUUUUUGACAACGUGGGUCUAUCUCCGGAUGGCUAUCUUUAUAAAUGGCUGGACAAUAUCUUGGCUUGUCAGGACAUGAGGGUCCACCAUCUUGGAUGUGAAGUGGUCGUGUUGCUGCUGGAGCUUAAUCCUGACCAAAUUAAUCUCUUUAAUUGGGCCAUUGACCGCUGCUACACUGGGUCAUACCAGCUUGCAUCUGGGUGUUUCAAGGCUAUUGCGACUGUUUGCGGAAACAGGAACUAUCCAUUUGACAUUGUGACUCUGCUGAACCUGGUGCUAUUCAAAGCAUCUGACACUAAUCGGGAGAUUUAUGAGAUCUCGGUGCAGCUAAUGCAGGUUCUUGAGGGAAAACUUUUUGUAUAUUCCAAGAAAGUAGCAGAGCAAAAACCUGGAAGUAUUCUGUAUGGGACGCACGGAGUGCUGCCACCCUUGUACAGCGUCUCAUUAAUCCGCCUGUCUAACGAGCUGGCACGGAUGUAUCCCGAGCUGACGCUCCCGCUGUUCUCAGAAGUGAGUCAGAGGUUUUCAACUACUCAUCCUAAUGGGCGACAGAUCAUGCUCACCUACCUGCUGCCAUGGUUGCAUAACAUUGAGCUGGUGGACAGUAGGCUUCUCCUCCCAGACUCCAGCCCCAGUACCCCAGAAGAAGACGUCAGUGAGAGAGAUGGGGAAGCAACAAACACCUGUGGACUCAAAGGGAAUGGAUGGGGAUGCCCUGAGGCCACCUCCCUAGUCCUUAAUAACCUCAUGUACAUGACAGCAAAGUAUGGGGACGAGGUGCCGGGCCAGGAGGUGGAGAAUGCCUGGAAUGCUUUGGCCAAUAAUGAGAAGUGGAGCAACAACCUUCGCAUAACAUUGCAGUUCCUAAUUAGCCUGUGUGGGGUCAGCAGUGAUACCACUCUGUUGCCUUAUAUCAAAAAAGUGGCAAUCUACUUGUGCAGAAAUAACACAAUCCAGACCAUGGAAGAGCUUCUCUUUGAGCUUCAGCAGACUGAUCCUGUGAACCCCAUAGUCCAACAUUGUGAUAACCCUCCCUUCUAUCGCUUCACCGCCAGCAACAAGGCCUCCGCCGCUCCCUCCGGAACCACCUCAAGCAGCAAUACCGUCGUCGCUGGUCAGGAUGGCUUCCCUGAUCUGGAAGACAGCAGAUUAGCUAAGGACACAGAUGAGCGGUUUGGGAAUGUGAUCAGAGCUCAUACAAGACUGGAAUCCAGAUACAGUAACAGCUCCGGGGGAUCCUAUGAUGAUGAUAAAAACGAUCCGGUGUCUCCAUAUAUCAGCUGGAUGUUAAAUAUAGUGGAGAGUAAUCAGCCGCAGCCUCUGCCAAUGCCCUGCAAUGGGGGAUGCUGGGCACCCCUAGUAGACUAUCUACCUGAGACCAUUACCCCACGUGGACCCCUUCACAGGUGUAACAUUGCUGUGAUAUUCAUGACUGAGAUGGUGGUGGAUCACAGUGUGAGAGAAGACUGGGCCCUGCACCUGCCUCUGCUGCUCCAUGCUCUCUUCUUAGGUCUGGACCAUUAUCGGCCGGAGGUGUUUGAGCACAGCAGAAGACUUCUCCUCCACCUCCUAAUCGCUCUGUCCUGUAACAGCAACUUCUCUUCCAUCGCUUCUGUUCUCCUACAUGCACGAGAAGUGAAUGAAGCCAAAACACUGACUGUGCAGUCAGCCUGCCCAUCAGAAUACCCCUAUGCAGGAGGCUUUGACUUUCUGUGGGAGCACCAGUCAUCUCCAGUGCCAGACUCCGGCCUGAGCUCCAGCUCCACCUCCUCCAGUAUCAGUCUGGGAGGAAGUAGCGGGAACAUCCCACAGAUCAGCCAGGAGAUUGAGGAUGUUGAAACGUCAGCUGAGACGGAUGAAAAAGCCAACAAGCUCAUUGAAUUUCUGACCACCAGAGCCUUUGGUCCACUUUGGUGUCAUGAAGAUAUCACACCUAAAAACCAGAAUUCCAGGAGUGCGGAUCAGCUCACCAACUUCAUGCGGCACGUGGUGUCAGUGUUUAAAGAUUCUAAGUCGGGGUUCCACCUGGAGCAGCACCUCAGCGAGGUGGCUCUGCAGACCGCCCUUGCCAGCUCUUCCAGACAUUAUGCUGGCCGCUCCUUCCAGAUCCUCAGAGCUCUGAAGCAGCCUCUCUCCGCCCAUGCCUUGUCUGACCUUCUCUCUAGGCUGGUGGAGGUUAUAGGAGAAUAUGGAGAUGAAAUUCAGGGUUAUGUUAUGGAAGUUCUUCUUACGCUGGAAUCUGCAGUGGAUAAUUUAUCUGACUGCUUAAAGAACAGUGAUCUGCUGGCCGUCCUGUCCCGCUCAUCAUCUCCUGAUUUGUCCUCCAAUACAAAGUUAACAGCAAACAGAAAAAGCACUGGGCAGCUGAACAUUAAUUCUGGAGUGAUUGGGGUAAAUACUGCCACUGCCGAACGGAGCCGACACCAGAGGAGUUUCUCCGUUCCCAAAAAGUUUGGUGUGGCGGACAAUUCCUCAGAUCCACCACGCAGUGCCACCCUGGACAGGAUUCAAGCUUGCACUCAACAGGGAUUCUCACCAAAAACCAGGAGUUCAUCUUCACUGAAGGACAACAUCACAGAUCCUUCUCACAUAAAUAAUCCAACCAACCUGCUGGCCACUAUAUUCUGGGUUGCUGUAGCCCUAAUGGAAUCGGACUUUGAAUUUGAAUAUCUGAUGGCGCUGAGACUGCUGAACAAACUUUUGACUCAUUUGCCGCUGGACAAGUCUGAAAACAGAGAGAAGCUGGAGAAGCUGCAAGGGCAGCUGAAAUGGGCAGAUUUCUCCGGACUGCAGCAACUUCUCCUUAAAGGGUUCACCUCUCUCACAACAACGGAUUUGACACUUCACCUCUUCAGUGCACUUACUCCUGUGUCUCGUGUUUCCGUGGUGGACUCAUCACAUGUCAUAGGAUUUCCUUUGAAUAUCCUGUGUUUGCUGCCUCACCUAAUCCAGCAUUUUGACAGUCCAAACCAUUUCUGUAAGGACGUAGCAGAGAGGAUUGCACAGGUCUGCCUGGAAGAAAAGAACCCUAAGCUGUCCAACCUGGCUCAUGUCAUGACCCUGUAUAAAACGCACAGCUACACCAGAGACUGUUCCACGUGGGUGAAUGUGGUGUGCAGAUACCUGCAUGAAGCCUUUGCUGACAUUACCCUCAAUAUGGUGACUUACCUAGCAGAGUUAUUAGAGAAAGGCCUUCCCAGUAUGCAACAGUCUCUUCUGCAGAUUAUUUACAGUCUUCUCAGCCAUAUGGACAUGUCAGGCAUUCCAGGAAAGCAGUUCAACAUAGAAGUGCUGAAGACAAUUGAAAAAUAUGUCCAGAGUGUCCACUGGAAAGAAGCUCUCAACAUUUUAAAGUUGGUUGUGUCGCGAUCGGCCAGCUUGGUAUUACCGGCUUACCAACACGGGGAUUUGACAAAACUUGAAAUUAGUCGACUGUGGACGAGUUCCUCUAAGGAGCUUCCUGGGAAGACGCUCGACUUCCACUUUGAUGUCUCUCAGACCCCAAUAAUUGGCAGAAGGUUUGAUGAACUUCAGAGCUCUACAGGGCGAGAUGGUAAAUCUAGGGUCAUGCCGGUGACUCGGAGCACGUCUUCCACUUCCUCUGGAUCUAAUUCCAAUGCUUUAGUUCCUGUUAGCUGGAAACGGCCCCAGACUUCUCAGAAGAAAACUCGGGAGAAGCUUGUGAAUGUUCUCACUCUCUGCGGCCAAGAAGUGGGUCUAAGCAAAAACCCUUCUGUUAUUUUUUCCUCAUGCGGUGACUUGGAUUUAAUCGAGCACCAGACCAGUUUGGUGUCCUCAGAAGAUACAGUGAGAGAGCAAGAGAUCAUGGAUGAUACGAACAGUGAGCAACAGUUCCGAGUCUUCAGGGACUUCGAUUUCCUGGAUGUGGAGCUAGAAGAUGGGGAGGGAGAAAGUAUGGAUAAUUUCAACUGGGGAGUUCGCAGGCGUUCCCUUGACAGCCUAGAUAAGUGCGAUAUGCAGCUCCUGGAGGAAAGCCAGCUCUCGGGGAGCACACACAGUCUGAACAAAAUGAACCAUGAUGAUUCGGAUGAAUCCUCGGAAGAAGAAGAUCUCACCACCAGCCAAAUCCUGGAGCACUCUGAUUUAAUCAUAAGCCUCUCUCCUUCUGAAGAGACAAAUCACAUGGAGUCCCCUUCCACAUCAUGUGACACAACCUCUGCUGACCCCCAUUCCCUUAACACAAGAACCUCUAGUUUUGAUGCGUCUUUGCCUGAAAUCACUAAUCCACUCUUAUCUGAGGAUUCUAAGGCGGAUGUUGUUCUCGAUGAAGAUGAUGCAACUGUACAAGAAGACGAUUUGUCGGGGUCAAUGAGCGAGAUGCCAGUAGUGAUUGAAUGUAACGAUAGCUUUAGCCUGGAGAUGGCAGAGGAGGAGAAAGAUGAGCGGAUGAUGGAACAGUAUGCACUAACCCACUUUGGAAAUGGAGACCGGAUAACACCACCUCCUCCGUCACCUUUCUUCUCGGCCAUCUUGGCUGCCUUUCAGCCGACCGCGUGUGAUGACGCAGAGGAAGCAUGGCGAAGUCACAUCAAUCAGCUCAUGUCAGAUUCUGAUGGGUCCUGUGCAGUGUACACAUUUCACGUGUUCUCUUCCUUGUUUAAGAGCAUACAGAAGAGAUUCUGUUUCCUGACGUGCGAUGCCGCCUGUUACCUUGGAGACCGCCUUCGCGGUAUUGGGUCCAAAUUUGUGAGCACGUCACAGCUACUCACACUGUGCUCCGAAUGCCCCACUCUCUUUGUGGAUGCAGAAACGCUAUUAUCCUGCGGGCUUCUUGAGAAGUUGAAGUUCAGCGUUUUAGAGCUGCAGGAAUACUUGGACACUUACAACAACCGGAAGGAAGCAACAGUAUCGUGGCUAAAAAACUGUAAAUCGACAUUUACCGGAGGCUCAAAAGAUGGAGUCAUCACCUGCCAACCUGGAGACUCGGAAGAGAAAGGAUUUGUUAGAAAAUUACUGAAGUCGCAGGCAUCCAAUGGGGGUAUAGAGGGGGAGGAGCUUGAGUUUUUGGAGGUAAAUUUGAAAAUGCCCAAGCUCUUGUCACCGCACUCCAUACCACAGAGUUCCAGUAUCCCCCAUUGGACUCAGAGAAAAGGAUUUAUUCAAUUGGAAUCUCUUGCACAAUUGGAACUCUGUCAAAGGUUGUAUAAGCUUCACUUCCAGCUGCUGCUGCUUUUUCAGUCUUAUUGUAAGCUAAUUGGACAAGUCCAUGAAGUCAGUUCCAUGCCAGAGUUGCUUAACAUGUCAAGAGAACUAAAUGAGCUGAAGAAGAACUUGAAGGAUGCAAGUUUGUACAUUGCUGCAGAGUCUCUUAGUGCGGAUUCAGCAUCAUAUGAGCCAACUUUCAGUUCUACGGAGUUCGCCAUUCAGUUUAUGCUGGAGUGCUUGAAGAACAACGAGCUGGGGAAGGCAAUACGACAAAUACGCCAAUGCAGAAAACUAUGGCCCAAUGACAUAUUUGGGAGCAGCGCAGAUGAUGAAGUGCAAACACUACUGAACAUUUAUUUCCGACACCAAACUCUUGGACAGAGUGGCACCUAUGCUCUGGUAGGCUCCAAUCAGAACCUCACUGACAUCUGCACCAAACUUAUGGACCUCAACAUGGAGAUUCGAGACAUGAUUCGCCGUGCUCAGAACUACCGUGUUGUCUCUACUUACCUCCCCGACUCCAAUGUAUCCGGCACUAAUCUCUGACAAGAUGUCUCUGUCUGUGUCCUUUACCCCGCUGGAACAGCUAGCUUAACAGACUGAGAUCGCGAAGCGUAUACUCCAUGUUCGGAAGACUCAGUCACACACUGUUAUCAUUCCUGCUAACCUUGGACCCUUCCUUUAAGCAAAGCAAGCAGGUGGACGCAUCUGUAGCAAUAGUGUAAGAGACUAAGUCCUCGCCUUUGUUCUGUUGCUGAAAACAGCUGUUGUUUCACAGAACUGUUUUUCUGACUACUUAAGUGACUUCCAUCGUGUACCAAAGCCUACUAUUCUGAAUCAUACUUCCUUUGUAGAAACCUUAAUCUUAGGAUGGCAAAAGUGCAAUGUUUCCUUCACAAAAGAGUAUAUAUAAAUAUAUAUAAAUAUAGUAUAUUUUUUGUUGCUAUUAAUAUACUUUUAAAAUACUUUUUAAUUUCUGUCGAUAAACAGUCAACAGGCGGAAUGAGGCUGGCCGCAGAUACCGGUAUGACUGGUCAAUAGCAGAGAGCCUGUAUAUGUGUGUAUAUAUAUAUAUAUAUAUAUAUAUAUAUAUAUAUAUAUAUAGGCUGAUUGUAAAGAAGCUGUAAUUAUCCUGUACACUGUAAUUAUGAGGAUUACUGUAUUUCACGCUGCUAUGACUGACAUUUCCUAGAGACGCAAGGCUUCUGUGGCCUUGGUACGUGAUCAUAGCUGGGAACUGUACCAUAAUGCCCUGAUUGCUUUAGGUCAUUUUCUAUGGAAUCUGGCUGCUUUUUAUGAAUAGUUGCUUUCUCGGACUCUUUAUACUAUGGAAAAGAAAGCUGAUAUGACUUAACUGCCAUGCUGAAAGUGGAAGUUUAAAGAAUGACUACAUCUUUUUCAUGUGUCACGCAUGCAUAUAUUUUGUUUUUAUUUAAUGUAUAUUGGGACAGCGAUAAGUCUGAAUUAUUUAAGUGGAGCAGCCUUAUGAUUUAUUAUAUGCAUAGUCUAUAAACAUGUCUGGGUAUGUAUGUGUGUGUAUAUAAUAUACACAAACACACAAGUACUUAUUUCCCUCACACUUGUUGCUGUUCUCGAGUGAGAGUUGAAUGGCAUGACGUUCCUUUGUACAUCUGAGGCAUUUACAUUAACGCAUUAUCUAUGUAACUUAUUCACUUUGUACAUAAUACUUACAGUUUUGUGAUGUAAUGAAGACUAUUUUUGUUGAGUAUCUUCACUGAAAUGACGUGAUAAAUUUGUUCUGUCACUACA